GGCGGCGCCGGGGCGGGGCGGGGGCGGCGCCUAGAAAAGGAGGCGCGGGCUGGGGUGCGGCGGCGGAGCGGGACCCGGGCCGGCUGGGCGCGGGGUGCUGGCUCGGGCCGACCCACUCUCCGCCGCGACCCAGGGAGGUGCAGGAGCCGCGCCCCGGGAGCUGGGCACUCGCGCCCCGCGCCCCGCGCCCCCAGACAUGGUGGGCCACCUGCAUCUGCAGGGCAUGGGCAGCCUGAGGGAACAGAGCCGCGAGGGCCAGCUGGACAGCCCCGACUCCGGGCUGCCCCCCAGCCCCAGCCCCAGCCCGCCCUUCGACGCCCAGGCGCCCGGCGUCCACGGUGCACAGGUGGGGGCGCCCGGGCCCGCCUCAGAGCCCCCCGGCCCGGCUGAGGACAGAGCGCCCCCUCUCCCAUUCCGCAACCACUUGGUACUUGCACUGAGGCCCCGGAUGCUGCCGGUAGUGUUCGGGGAGACCAUCGAGGUGGAUCCGGAACCCACCCAUGAGAUCCGCUGCAACUCCGAGGUGCAGUAUGCGUCCGAGAGGCACUUCCAGGACAAGGUGUUCUACGCCCAGGUGCCCACAGUCACGGGCUACAGUGAGACCAUCGUGGCGGCGCCCAACUGCACGUGGCGCAGCUUCCGCAGCCAGCUGACCCUGGAGCCGCGGCCCCGAGCGCUGCUUUUCCGCAGCACCACCAUCAUCUUCCCCAAGCGCGCGCGCAGCUGCUUCCGCACCACCCUGUGCUGCAGCCUGGGCCGGCCGCGGUGCAGCUUCACGGCCAGCGUGCAGCUGCGGCUGUGUGGCUCGCCGGUGGCGCCCUGAGCAGGGCUGGCCUGGGCGAGGCCGUCCGGGGCCGGGGCCAGCAGAUGUGCCCGCUUCUCUCUACCCCACGGCAGAGGCCAAAGGGGGCCCACGGGCAGUGGUGCUGCCCACUGGCGAGAGCUCCGAGACCUGAGGUGUCCUGCGAGCCAGGGAUAGCCCUGAGCGUCCCCAGGACAGUGGCCUCCCAGUUCGGCUGGGCUCAGAGCCUGCACAGUAGGGAAGAAGAGGACACGCAGAGCGACCCCGGGGGGCUGGGGGCCAGGAGGACCUUGGGGCCUGAAUGGUGGCCAAGGCUGAGCUGAGCUGGGACUGGAGCACUAGGGUGUCAGUGUCCAGUGGCUGCCAGGACAAAAGGGUUGCAGCCGUGCUGCUGAAGUGGGGGGUUCGCUGGACAGAGCGCCCAAGCCUCACCCUCAGGGCACCCCUCUAGCUCUCUGGAAGCUCCCCCACCCAGAGCCCAUCUGCCAGGGGCUCCUGGACAUGCUCUGCCCCACACAGAAACUGAGUCUGCUGGCAGCACCCCCAGCUCAGCCUGGCUUCCAGUGGACUGCUGGGCCCACGUCCUCCUCCGGCCACCAGCUCCUGCUUGUGACGGAGUCCACCCUGGACACGCGUUGGGCGAUCUCGAGGGAGGAGGAGAGACUCAACAGCAGUGAAGGUGGGGGUGCAGGGGCACUAGACCCCCGAGUGUCCAUGGGGCUGCCCCCUGCCCCCGGCAGGUGGGGAAAGGUGGGCACUGGGCAUGAGCCCCCUCAGUGGGCUGGAAGGGUCCUGAGUGGUGGCCACCUGCACAGAUGUGCAUCCAGCCAUGCGGUGACCAAGUAAUUAAGGCUUAAGUAAUUAAGGUUACUAUAAUAAAAUAUGGGACCCAAACA